AUGUCUCUGCCGAGGUUUGCCCGCGUGUCACUGGAGCGGCCGACUCAUGCCAUCUGCGUGGUGGGCACCAAACUGGAGGUUGAUGUUUUCGGUUGUGCUCCCAAGGGCUGCACAUCCUUCGACGUCAAUGGCUCCGCAGGAGUUGUGGUCAAAACCUCUCCUAACCUAAAAGCUAAUAGGCGUCCCACCAGUCGAAGCAAAUGGCCCCUGGAUGGUAAAGCACAGGUUGUGGUUAUGAUGAAUGCUCCGAGUUCUUCUAUCAACGACCAGAAGGUUCGGAUUUCCUACUAUGGAUCUAAAGAGGGCCCUGCCCUGGCCAAAGCUGUUCUUUAUCUGACCGGCAUCCAAAUCUCUCUGGUCGCAGACACCAACCGCAGCGGGAAACUGGGCAAAGGCAAAGCCGAGUCUGACAAGAAAAACUGGACCUGGGGCCCUCGGGGCCACGGUGCUGUCCUGCUGGUCAACUGUGACCGGGAUGGUCCCCAAACCAAGGGCACAGACAAGGAUGAUGACAAGGUGCUCAACAAGAAAGACUUGAAGGACAUGUCGCUGAUGAUCCUGAGGACCCGGGGCCCGGGGGAUUUCUUCCCCCAGCACAAGCUGAUUCUUCACACACCCAAGAACGAUAGCAACAAAGUGAGAGUCUUCCUGGCUUCAGGAGAUGAUUCACUGCCCAAGUUUGAGAUGGUGCUGGGACCACGCAAGGCCUCAUAUGUCUUGGAGCUGACAAGCGGCCGGCAGGACAGAACCUUCUAUCUGGAGGGGCUCACCUUCCCUGAUGCCGACUUCUCCGGCCUGGUCUCCUUCUCGGUCACACUGCUGUGCCGGGUCCACCAGGAUAUCCCUGAAGCCCCGAUCUUUGAAGACACGGUGGUGUUCCGGGUGGCUCCCUGGAUCAUGACUCCCAACACUCUGACCCCACAGGAGGUGUACGUGUGCAGAGUAGGUGAUAAUAAUGAGUUCGUGGAGGCCAUUGCCACUCUUGCCAAGAAAGCCAAGUGCAAGCUGACCAUCUGUCCUGAGACCAUAAACCGAAAUGACCAAUGGAUCCAGGACGAGAUGGAGAUCGGCUACAUCCAAGCUCCUCACAAAACAAUGCCUGUCGUCUUUGAUUCCCCACGAAACAGGGGGCUACGAGAUUUCCCUCGGAAAAACGUGCUGGGCCCGGAUUUUGGCUAUGUGACCAGGGAACCAAAGGAUGGCAUUGUCUCCAGCCUGGACACCUUUGGCAACCUGGAUGUGAGCCCCCCUGUAACCGUGCGGGAAAAGGAGUAUCCCCUGGGGAGAAUCAUCUUUGGCAGCAACAUCUUCUCCAGACCAAAAGGCACGGAGCUGGUCAAAGUCCUCCGAAGUUUCCUCUAUGCUCAGACAGUGCAGGCCCCUGUGGAACUCUUCUCCGACUGGCUGCUGGUUGGCCAUGUGGAUGAGUUUGUGAGCUUCGUCCCAACCCAGGACCGGAAGGGUUUCCGGCUCCUCUUGGCCAGUCCCAGCUCCUGUUUCCAGCUCUUGCGGGAAAAGCAGAAAGAGGGAUAUGGCAGUGCCGUGCUGUUUGAAGGGAUUAGCGAAUAUCUGCUCUCUAUCAUUGGAAAGGAAAAGAUGACAAUCGAUGACAUUCUGUCUGACAAAACCUUGAGCCAGCACAAUGACUAUGUGGAGAGCUGCAUCAACUGGAACAGAGACGUCCUAAAAUGGGAGCUGGGUCUAGAUGAAGAAGAUAUCAUUGAUAUCCCGCAGCUCUUCCAACUCCGGAAGGAACCGAGCUCAGAAGAUUCGACCGAAGUUCCACCCAAAGCAGAAGCUCUCUUCCCAGACCUGGUGAACAUGGUGGUCCUGGGGAAAUACCUGGGGAUCCCCAAGCCCUUUGGGCCCAUCAUCAACGGUCUCUGCUGCCUGGAAGAGAAGGUCCGAUCCCUGCUGGAGCCGCUGGGACUCGACUGCACCUUCAUCGACGACUUCUCCACCUACCACAUGGAGAAUGGAGAAGUCCACUGCGGCACAAAUGUCCGCCGGAAGCCUUUCUCCUUCAAGUGGUGGAACAUGGUCCCCUGAGCCAGCCCCCUCCCCUGGGCAAGAUGCAGCAGCCCCAUCUGGAGCAAGGCAAAUGAGAGAGGUGGCAGCUGGGUUUCAGCUUUGGCAGCUUCGCUUUCCCCCUGCCCGUCCCGGCUAACAGCUCACCUCUUCCUUUAAGCCCCGGGCCUCAGGCCAUGGAGGCAACCACGGCGACUUCAAGCGGAAAACCGGUCAGCGUGAGGAGCCCACGGACCACUCUCGGUGUCGCUGAGC